AUGGCGGCCCCGCAGAGCGUCACCUCGCGCCGCCUGGUCGGCUCGGACCAGAAGGACGCGCGGCUGCCCCCUUCCCUGACCAGCAGCCAUAGCGGGCAGAGCUCCUUCGGUAGCUCCCCGUCGCCCGCCAGAGAAGUCAAUGCCACCAUCCCGCCCACGUUCAUGACCGCGGUCGGCCAGAUUCAAGCUCGGUCGCAGUCGCUCUUGCGAGCCGCUAUAGCCAGCGAGCGAGCUAAGCUCUGGCCUAAGGCAAUAGAAUAUUAUAGAAGACUGCUAAGCUGCUUGAGUCAAAGGAAUUUUCCUGUACAAUACGUUCCUGGUCCUACCUGUAAAUUGCUGGUGUUUGAAACAUACUAUCAUACAGGUGUAGCUUUCCAAAGUUUGAAUAACCAUCAAGAAGCUUUGGAAGAGUUUUCUUUUGCAUUAGAAACGGCACAUAUUCCCAAGAAUGUCUGUCAAGUUGGUUGUGCUUCUGGGUCUUUCUACCAGGUACCUGUUCUAGCAAGGAGAGCUUAUUCAUAUGUCAAAUGUGGCAAGAUUAAAGAAGCUAUACGUGAUUCCACAAGAGCUGUUAAUUUAGAUUCUUCAAAUCCUGAUGUAUACUGUAUCAGAGCUCUUGUAUGGAGCUCAGCAAAAGAAAAAAGAAGAGCUUUGGUUGAUUUGAAUGCUAGUUUCAAACUGGAUUCAUCUCAUAUUUGUACUUUGAUAUUAAGGGGAGCUAUUUUAAGCUCUUUGGGUAGCCUGCCUUCAGAGAAAAAUAAAGAUCAUGAAAAGGCCUUGGCUCUCUCUUGGGACAGUAAGGAUUUCUGUGAUGUGGAAGACUUUUAUCAUCCUAAAAUGCUCUCUUUCUAUGAUAAAUUCUUGUGGUCUCUGAAUGCUUUUCAUACCAUAACAGAAAUCAACCUCUUUGAUGGAGCUACAUAUGCAGCCAAUUCAAACAUAACUAGAGACGUGGUACAAUCAAAGAAAUCAUUUAAAUGUGGAUCUCUUACAACAUAUUCCAACAAUGCAUCCUUAGACAGAAGAAAAGUAUAUACAGAAGCAGUCAGGCAAUCAAGUAUAGGACUUAAUGGUAAAUAUUGCAAAAGUUUUUGA